CUGCAGAGUGGUUUCGAUUUCUUUUUCGUGUGGCUUCUUCCACGUGCCGCCAGUUCAGCUGAGAACCAACCAUGGGUCGCAUGCACGCCCCCGGGAAGGGUAUCUCGCAGAGUGCCAUCCCGUACCGUCGCUCAGUGCCGAACUGGCAGAAGCUUUCAGCUGAGGAUGUCAAGGAGCAGAUCUAUAAGCUGGCGAAGAAAGGUAUGACUCCGUCACAGAUCGGUGUCAUUCUUCGAGACUCGCACGGCGUCGCGCAAGUUAAAUGGAUCACGGGCAACAAAAUUCUGCGAAUCCUCAAGAGCAAGGGUCUCGCCCCAGACCUCCCUGAGGAUCUGUACCACCUGAUCAAGAAGGCUGUCGCCAUUCGUAAACAUCUUGAACGCUACAGGAAAGACAAGGACUCGAAGUUCCGUCUUAUUCUCGUCGAGUCCAGAAUCCACCGCCUGGCUCGUUAUUACAAAACUAAGAGAGUUCUAGCUCCAACCUGGAGAUACGAAAGCUCAACCGCAUCCGCUCUCGUGGCUUGAAUAAAUCCACGAGGUUCUCUGGUGUCACGUA